AUGAAUAUGAUGAGUUGUACGAGUGUGUGGUCUCUCCUCAUCUACGGGGUAGGUAGUCUGGCCAUCGAGAAGUUCUACCGCGUCUACCACUCUACCAUUCCUCUACCUCUACGAGGCCUCAUCUACGUGUUCUGGACCUACGUCUGGGAGUUCUCUACAGGGAUAGAUCCCCCUCCCCCCUCUCAGGCCGUCCCAGCGAGGUGUCCUUACUCGUCCGAGCCGCGGCCGAGCAGUCCCAUCUUCAAGACACUCGUCCGAGCCGCGGCCGAGCAGUCCCACCUUCAAGACACUCGUCCGAGCCGCGGCCGAGCAGUCCCAUCUUCAAGACACUCGUCCGAGCCGCGGCCGAGCCAUCCCAUCUCCAGGACACUCGUCCGAGCCGCGGCCGAGCAGUCCCAUCUUCACGACACUCGUCCGAGCGCCGGCCGAGCAGUCCCACCCUCACGACACUCGUCCGAGCCGCGGCCGAGCAGUCCCACCUCCAGGACACUCGUCCGAGCGCCGGCCGAGCACUCCCACCUCCAGGACACUCGUCCGAGCGCCGGCCGAGCACUCCCACCUCCAGGACACUCGUCCGAGCGCCGGCCGAGCAGUCCCACCCUCACGACACUCGUCCGAGCGCCGGCCGAGCAGUCCCACCUUCAAGACACUCGUCCGAGCGCCGGCCGAGCAGUCCCACCCUCACGACACUCGUCCGAGCGCCGGCCGAGCAGUCCCACCUUCAAGACACUCGUCCGAGCGCCGGCCGAGCAGUCCCACCCUCACGACACUCGUCCGAGCGCCGGCCGAGCACUCCCACCUCCAGGACACUCGUCCGAGCGCCGGCCGAGCACUCCCACCUCCAGGACACUCGUCCGAGCGCCGGCCGAGCACUCCCACCUCCAAGACACUCGUCCGAGCGCCGGCCGAGCACUCCCACCUCCAGGACACUCGUCCGAGCGCCGGCCGAGCACUCCCACCUCCAAGACACUCGUCCGAGCGCCGGCCGAGCACUCCCACCUCCAGGACACUCGUCCGAGCGCCGGCCGAGCACUCCCACCUCCAGGACACUCGUCCGAGCGCCGGCCGAGCACUCCCACCUCCAGGACACUCGUCCGAGCGCCGGCCGAGCACUCCCACCUCCAGGACACUCGUCCGAGCGCCGACCGAGCCCAAAAGACACAAAUUACAACGUGUUAUAUAAACAAAAAACUUGUCUCCUAAUAUGUAUAUUAUAUAAAUAUUAUAAUUGCAUGUACAGUUAGGCCUAAGUUAGGCCUCAGGUAGGCCUAAGUUAGGCCUCAGGUAGGCCUAAGUUAGGCCUCAGGUAGGUUAGGUUAGUUGUUUUAGAUAUAUACAUUUAUAUAUAUUUAGAUAUAGGUAUACAGGUAACAGUCUACCUGCACCAGGUAUACAGGCAACAGUCUACCUAUACCUGGUAUACUGGGAACAGUCUACCUAUACCUGGUAUACUGGGAACAGUCUACCUAUACCAGGUAUACUGGGAACAGUCUACCUGUACCAGGUAUACUGGGAACAGUCUACCUAUACCUGGUAUACUGGGAACAGUCUACCUAUACCUGGUAUACUGGGAACAGUCUACCUAUACCUGGUAUACUGGGAACAGUCUACCUAUACCUGGUAUACUGGGAACAGUCUACCUAUACCUGGUAUACAGGCAACAGUCUACCUAUACCAGGUAUACAGGCAACAGUCUACCUAUACCAGGUAUACAGGCAACAGUCUACCUAUACCAGGUAUACUGGGAACAGUCUACCUAUACCUGGUAUACAGGCAACAGUCUACCUAUACCUGGUAUACUGGGAACAGUCUACCUAUACCAGGUAUACAGGCAACAGUCUACCUAUACCUGGUAUACUGGGAACAGUCUACCUAUACCUGGUAUACUGGGAACAGUCUACCUAUACCAGGUAUACUGGGAACAGUCUACCUAUACCAGGUAUACUGGGAACAGUCUACCUAUACCAGGUAUACUGGGAACAGUCUACCUAUACCAGGUAUACAGGCAACAGUCUACCUAUACCAGGUAUACAGGCAACAGUCUACCUAUACCUGGUAUACUGGGAACAGUCUACCUAUACCAGGUAUACUGGGAACAGUCUACCUAUACCAGGUAUACUGGGAACAGUCUACCUAUACCUGGUAUACUGGGAACAGUCUACCUAUACCAGGUAUACUGGGAACAGUCUACCUAUACCUGGUAUACUGGGAACAGUCUACCUAUACCAGGUAUACUGGGAACAGUCUACCUAUACCAGGUAUACUGGGAACCAUUAAGCGGUUAGAGAACACAAUAGAGCACCAGCACCACGCCAGGCAGCACGUGUAGGCAGCAGCUAUUGGGCUCCUCCCCUCUCUCAUGGGAAGAGCCCUGGGUAAAUACUGGUUUCGAAAUAUGGUUGCUGAUUUAUGGAACAAUUAACGGAUAACAUAUGUGGUGGGGGGGGGGCAUUGCUUGUUGGACUCGUAUGGACCAAUAGGAGCUUCCUCGUAUGGACCAAUAGGAGCUUCCUCGUAUGGACCAAUAGGAGCUGUCUCGUAUGGACCAAGAGCAGUUGACUAGUAUGGACCAAUUAGAGCUGCCUUUUUGGACCAAUAGCAGCGGCCUAGUAUGGGCCAGUAACAGCUGUGUCGUAUGGACCAAUAGCAGCUGCCUCGUAUGGACCAAUAGGAGCUGUCUCGUAUGGACCAAUAGGAGCUGCCUCGUAUGGACCAAUAGGA